AACAUUUUGCCAGAUGUACAGCAAGAUUGCAAUGGCAAAAUAUGGAUGAUCAAAAUCGAAGAGCUUGUUGUAUCUUUCUCCAGAACGUCAAACGUUGUGCUCACUGCACUCUUCGCGCAACAUACCUAAUUCAGAUGGACACCUCUUAAACUGACUGAAAGUGGACUUCAGACACAAUAGGCUUCCUUGGGCCCCUCCAGUUAGCAAUAAGGACCUUUGAACGCUGAGCCUUUUGACCAUACACACACACUGAGUAAACACUAAGCUGUUAACACACACUGCACCUAACUGAUUGCACUGUGCCUUGGUGACCGUAUGCCAAUGUGUCUACAUUUGUAUGGAUUCAAUACAAUGCUCCCACUAACUGCGCUAGCUGUAAAAUACCAACAUGACACCGUCAUUUGCGUAACUCGCCUUGACAUCUUACUCUUCGCUAAGCCCCUCCAUUCUUCCAUCCCGCUCUCCCUCCUCUCUCUGUGUGUGUGUGGUCAUGGCUGACCCAUCGCCUGGCUGGUGGAAGCUCACCUUCCUACGUAAGAAGAAGUCGGAGCCCAAGGUUCUGUACGAGAUCCCAGCGGAGUACGGCAGCAAUACCACACCCCACGGUGGAGCCCCCGGGCCAGUAGAGGGCGCCACAGAGGACAGCCAGUUGAACGCCCGUCUGGAGAGGAUAGUGGAUAAGACCACCACCAAGGGACGCCAUGUCAAAGUGUCCCACUCAGGACGUUUUAAAGAGAAGAAGAAGGUCAGGGCCACGUUAGCAGAAACCCCCGAUCUGUUCCCUGGUCACGAGCCUAGUAACGAGAACCUGUGAGCUGGGAAACAAAGUUCACACACACAUGCAUACACACCAAAAAUGAAUGGCUUUCUCUAUUCAACUCAUUCAUGCACACUCMAACACAGAAGACGUUCUCUGCCUCUCCCUCAUUGGUCACACCAUUUCACACGGUGCCCUCUAUCACACUCAGUAACACACACAGAGAUGAAGGGCAGUGCAUCCCAUUGGGACAUGUCAUCUGUGUCAAUCCAGCCAGAGAUCUCUGUUCUUUAUUCCUUAUAAAUGUGGGACUGACUGGGAGUCUUUGUAUGCAUCUUAGUAUCACACUCUCUGUCUCUUCCAUCUAUAAUCAGUGGAGCAGUGGAAGAAUGGGACACCUGAUUCUCCCCUGUCUGUCUGCUUCAUACCUAGGCCAUGUUUACAUAAACAGACUACCUUUAAUGAGGUGCUAUUAGUCACCUUCGAUUUUCAAUAUUCAACAGAUCACAGGAACAGGGAGGAGUUUCAGGGCAUGCAUAUUACACUGUACAGUCAUUGUACGGUACAGAAUGUGUACUUUACUGUUGUUGCUAAGUUUGUCAUCUGUACAAAGCAAAUAGGUAACGUAUGAAACAGACGUUUGCAUAACAGCUUUAUGACCUAGAGGAGAUGGUUACCGACUGUUGGAGGUUGACUGGUUUCCAUAGCGACAGACUGUGUCACGUGUCAUUCAUAAACACGUCACCUCAAAAAUCAAUUGUUCUAAAAUMAAUUGUUCUAAAACUAACCUGAGUUUUAAAACCUGAGUAUAUUUUGUUCUGUUUU